AUGGAGAUGUUUAGCCUGGAGUGUAGGGAGGGCCUGGGUGUUUUCCUUUUCAGUUUGCUGCAGAUUGUGAGUAGUGACAUGCUGGAUGUGAACCAGAUCAUCAAGGACCUGACUUCUCUGGUACCUGAGCAAGGAGAUGUGCUUGGAUCCACCAUCAACGUGUUAAUGCACAAGAGGAGUCCCAGUCCAGACCCUACAGUGGCCACCCCUUUGUCAGGGGAUGGGCCUGGUUCUACUCCCCCACGGCCAGGCUCUCAUUCACGCACCAAAACCCGAAAACCAAACUUUAGUCCCCAAGAGACGGAGGUCCUGGUGCAGAAGGUCACACGGCAUUACCAGCUGCUCUUUGGGGCACUCCGGGGCACACCAGCCAAGAAACACCGGGUGUGGAACAAGAUCCUACAAUCUGUCAAUGCUCUGGGGUACUGCCGGCGGGACAUGGGCGACCUGAAGCACAAGUGGCGGGACCUUCGGGGUGUUGUGAGGAAAAAGCUUGGGGAACAGCAGAGAGCCUCAACUGAGGGCGGACAGGCCCAAGCCCUAAUCCUCACCCCAGUGGAGCGCAUGGUAGCUGAGACCUUCUCUGCCUAUAACAUCCAAGGUGAAAGCCAAGGAGCUGAAUCCUUGCCAACUGAUGAAGAGGAGGAAGUGCCCAGCUGCCUCUGGAUGCCCUUGCGGAAUUUGGACGCACCGGGCCUGGCAGAACCUGACCCCCUGGACCUGCGAGGUGUGCUCCACACCUCAGCCUCCUCCCCCUCUCCUCCCGCCUCUCCUGGUGUGGCCCCUCUGGGGGCCAGCUAUGGCAGCGGAGGCUGGAGGCCCCCUCUGCAGGCCUCAGUGCCGCUGGCCUCACCGGCCAGCAAACCCAAAGCUGAGAUUUCAGAGUUUGAGCAGCAGCUGAUGGAUGCCCAUCUCCAGCAGGGAGCCCUCCUCUCGUCCUGGUACCAGCAGCAGAGCUCCCUGAUGACGCAACAGAACCUGCUGCUAGAGCGUCUGGCAGAGCAGAGCCAGCGCCUGGCCGAUGGUGUGGAGGCCCUCAACCGGACCCUUGAAAAGCUGGUGGAGGCACGUCCCCUCACCCAUGAGGUGGCCCACCUCGUCCAGGACAGUCCCUUGGCCACUGGUAGUAGCCGCAUGCCCUCUCGAGCCCCAGCGGGGUACUCCGAUGGCCCCUGCCCAGGCCUUGAUGUCUUCUCAGGGAUGAUCUUGAAAGUAGAGGAGGAAAUGUAG